CUUGUUCUCCCUGCAAAGGGAGUCUGAUUCAUUGAAACUUCUCAAACACAGUCAAAGGACACCACCCAACUGAACAUCCCAAUACAACAGCUGGAAAACUUAUAACCCCUCCAGCUGGGGCACUCCCUACACUGCAUCUCUGGGUUUCAAGGCAGCAGGAGGACAAGCAGGCAGAAGCUCCCUUCACAGAGGACCUUUCACCAAGACUUCUCUGCAUUUGAGACCAUUCCUGAAGUGAGGAGCCAAGAUGCUGGUGCUACUGGCUGGAAUUUUUGUGGUCCAUAUUGCCACUGUCAUCAUGCUCUUUGUCUCCACCAUUUCUAACGUCUGGAUGGUAACCUCCAUUUCUGACAAAACAAACUCCUCAGGGCUCUGGAAGCAAUGUUCAGAAAACACUUGCCAGGACCUUGUUGUUAAUGAUGAUGACUUGGCUGCCCUCAAGGCUGUGCAGGCCUUCAUAAUCCUGGCCAUCAUCUUCUCCUUCAUCUCUUUGGUCAUGUUUGUGGUACAGCUCUUCACCAUGGAGAAGGGAAAACGCUUCUACAUCACUGGAGCUAUUAUGCUGAUUUGCUGGCUGUUUAUUUUGAUUGCUGCCUCGAUCUAUACUGCCCGAUUUCCUCAGUAUUACAAAGAAAGUCACCAUGGAUAUUCUUUUAUACUUGCCUGGAUCUGCUUUUGCUUUAGCUUCAUUAUUGGGAUCCUGUAUCUUGUACUCAGGAAGAAAUGAGAGUUGUCAGGGUAAAAUUGAGAGGGAAGAUUACAAAUAGGGGGACUGGUGGGAGGGUUGUGAACUCACUUUGCUAUGAGAACUGUUUGCCAAAUGUAAUGAAUACACUACUCACCCAACAUGCCUAAUCACAGAAAAAAUCCUCUAGAGAGAGUUGCUAUAGACUCUCUCCUGUCAUGAAUCUAAGACCAUGAAGAUGGUUGAAGAACCUUCAGAGUAGCAGAGGUGAUAUCUCUCAGACUCCAUUCAAAGGCCUCAGUGUUCUUCACUGACUGCAGAAAAGGCAGAAAUAAUGUAAGUUGUUCAACUUCCUCCUUGAUCCUUCAGCAGCAAGACACAUCACACAUGAUCACAACCACCCAUUUCUAGUCAUCCAAGAAGGUGUCAGCCUCCCCUCUAAAUUAAACAGUGUUAGAGCUGACCAUACUAUAAAGUAAAAUGAGGCACUUGCCUCAGUCAUCUGAUGCUGAAGGGUAGCAAUGAAGUACUGGAUGACAGAACUGUAGUUACUUCUCAAACUAACCUGCAUCUCCUAAGCUAUCUCACUGUUCCAUAACCAGUUCCAUUUAUCACUGUGCCUAUUUUCCAAAUGUGGAAUGGGAGAUAUGUUAUUUCAUUGUUCAUCUCAGAUUUUAAAAAAUCUUUGGAAUUAAAAGAUAUGAAAUGUGAAAAAUCAAGCUGUUUGAAGAUUAUCUUUAAAAUUAAUGUUUUAAAAUAUUUCAUUUCCAAUCUUUAUUUGACAUGUAAAGAAAUAGUGCUGCUGCUGCUGAAGAAGACAAAGGGGCAAUAGCCAUUGGGGAAUGAAAAGAGAGGUGAAUGGUAAAGGAAGAUGGGAUAGGGUGGGGAAGGCAAGCAAUAAUCAUAAUUAUAUAGCAUGUCAUUAAGAUGUGCAACUUUCUAUCAGAAUGUGAUAUAUCCAUUUGACAAAACCACAUUACGAAGACAGAACUGUUGGGUCCGUAAUGUCUGUGUUCUACAAGUGUCAGUCCUUGAGGCAUUCAACUCUGGCGCAUGGGAUUUCAUCUCCCAGCAUUAAAUUAGAUAAAACUAUCAACAUUUUCUCACUUUAUUGAAUAGACUGGGGAGGACAUUGUUAAACUAGGGCUUUCCGUAUUGGAACUUGCAUUUAAACUAUAAUAUAUAAUGUUGGUAUAUGUAUGUUGAGGGCAGACCUUAAUAUUGCAUUGGACAAGAAAGAAAUUAUUUGUAGUAUAAAACAGGGUUCCUUAGUCAGGAUUCUGUUUUGCUAGAUGAUUAUAGAAACAAGCCUUCUGUUUUUUCUGCCCAUCUUAACUUUCCCCCUCUGCUUUUAUUGCAUAUAAUGUGUCUCCCAAGGGAUAAGAAAAAGCCCAGCUAAUUAAAUUUUGCAAAUAGUGGGCCAAGCAGAAAAUUGCCAUAUGAAAGUGGAAAUAAUUCUUAUUUCAUCAUAGUUACAGUUGCCUUCCUGCUAUAUAGAUCAGUUAAAAAUAAUGAAUGGAAACUAUGCUUGGGAAGUUGCUAAUACUCUCUCUGCUUUAUUGUACCUGAGUGAUAUGAAAAGUAAGGAAGAGGGGACAAAUUCAGGGUUGCAAGUUUAGUAUAAACAGUAUUCUCUUUCUUGCUUUCUUCAUUAUACUGUUUUUACAUGUAUUUGCUAGAUUAUGUUCUGUCAUACUUGCCAUUUCUCAACAUUUAUUGUAUGUGCAGUCAUUGUAAAUAUUUUGAUACAAGUGUCCCUAGAAGUAGGGAUAUAUAAAAUAAAGUAAAAAAAAAAUCAAUU